AUGUUCCGUUCCGUCCAGUCGAUUCGUUCGUUCUCCACUACGUUGGCCGUGAGACAGGAUCUCGUUCAACAGGCAUUCAUCAAGAAGAUUCGCGAGUACGCCCAGAAGGGUGGCGAUCUGUCCAGUUCCGACCCGGCUGUGAAGAAGGCCCUCAGUGACGAGCUCAACCGACUUGCUGCGAAAUUCCAACUGUCAAGUGCCGAUGUUGUUGGCAAACUCCCAACAAAUUUCGAGGCCCCAAAGGUUGAUUCCUCCGUCCAGCAACUCCUAGAAGGGGUCUCCUUACAGAAGAUGAUUGAAGACGUGCAGAAAGAUAAAGCUGAUUACAUGGCUUCGAAAGAAGCUAAGAAAGUCGCGGAAGCAGCUCGAUUGGCUGCACUUAAGCACUAG